AUGAGUGACUCCUACUGUCGAGACCCAGAAGGAUGGGGCCCAACGGCCUCCUCGCGAGCAGAUCUCACUCUUUGCUUUGAAUCAACUAUUCUCAUCGGGCUUCCAGCAGCAAUCGCAAUCGUCGCCUUCCUCUACCGAGCACGCACCCUUCUCACCCACCAGACACCCCACGGACUCGGAAAGACAUGGAUCAUAUACGGCCCCUCACAGUUCUUCUCCCUCGCAGCAUUUAUCGCCCUCAUCGUCCGAGCCAUUGUUCUCUCUCAACAGUCUGAGGGCUAUGCCCCCUCAUCGAUGCUGGGCACUAGUCUUUUGAUCGUCGCCUGGUUCUUGGUCCCAGUGCUCAACUUUUUGGAGAUCCAGUAUGAGGUCCGGGCGUCGCAUUAUAUUUUCGCAUACAGUGCUGUUUCUAUGGUUGCUGGUGCUCUUACUACCAGGACGCUGGAUUUGCUCGACCAGAAUCAAGAGGAUCAGUUCAAGUGCUUUAUUGCUUUCCUCGCUUUCAACAUUGCUCAUUUCGCCACCGAGGCUUGGCCAAGGGGUGGGACGACGGUCCAACAAAAGAGUCAGGCAAGUCGAUUCGAAAAGGCCAAUCUCUUCUCCUUGUUGACCUUCCAUUUCUUGCAACACGUUGUCUCACUCGGAUACAAGCGGCCGCUCAACUUUGAGGAUGUCGAUGGGUUGAUGCCCAAGACCAUCCGGACUGAGUUUACUCACGCGGCGCUGUCAGCACGUUGGGAGGCGCAUGUCAAGAAACGUCUUGCCAGAGGCCAGAGACCUUCGUUGAUCAGGGUCGUGUUUCUGUCGCAUGGUGCACGGUGGGCUAGGGCCAUGGUUCUGUCGAUCGCGUCUGCUUGUAUGACCUAUGUCGCUCCACAGCUACUCAAUUCUCUCCUGGGGUUCAUCGAGUCCUACCAGACUGUCACCUUGGCGGACGGGACGCUCUUCCGGGACCCCAAGCCGGUGUCGUUGGGGAUUAUUUUGGCGUUUGGGUUGUUCUUUAGUACUUUGGCGGUAUCGUUCAUGACGGCUCAGUACUUUGCGGCGACCAGUAUCUUGGGCCUGGAGAUCCGGACUGCACUGAUUGCCAUGAUUUAUCGCAAGUCGUUGAAGCUCUCAACCUCUGCCAAGCAGGACUCGACCGCAGGCGAGAUCUCCAACCAUAUGUCUGUCGACGCCGAGCGCUGGCCUCAGGCUACUAUGUUCAUCCCCAUGCUCAUCUCUGUCCCCUUCCAAAUCGGCAUUGCAAUCUGGAUGUUGUACCAAAAACUCGGCUGGUCAGUGUUUGUCGGAUUGGGCUCAAUCGGUGCAAUGCUCCCCAUCCACAUCAUCAUGGGCAAGUACUUUGGAACCGCCAAGGCGGCUAAGCUCGCUGCCAUGGACGAGCGUCUGCGUCUCGUCAACGAAGUCCUUGCCGGUAUCAAGAUCGUCAAACUCUACAACUGGGAGGAGUCGUUCAAGGAGAAGCUGACGGUGGCUCGUGACAAGGAACUGAAGGUCCUGCGCCAGAUCGGAUACGUCUUCUCCGUGAUGGCCAUCCUGUUCAGUUCCACACCCCUCAUUGUCGCCCUCGUCUCCUUCGCCUGCUAUGCCACCGUCGGAGGACCCGGUUUCACACCCGGUGAGAUUACCCCUCAGAUCGUCUUUGUCUCAACAUCUCUGUUCGCGCUCCUGUCAGCGCCUAUCAGUAUGCUGUCCCAGGUCAUGAAUAUGACGAUCAGUGUCUGGGUCGCUACGACUCGUAUCCAGAAGUUCUUGUUGGUCGAGGAGAUUGAUGAGUCGACUGUCGAGCGCGAGGAUCUGGAUGAUGCUGGACAGGAUGAGAAGUCGCCAGUGGUGAUUGAGAUCAAGGACGGCGUGUUUGCAUGGUGCAAGGAGCAGCCCAACGUCGAGACGGACAAGCAGAAAAAGAAGCGCGUAAAGGCAGAGGAGAAGAAACAGGUCCAGGCCGAGAAGCAGGCUCUUAAGGCAGGAAAGCCCGCUCCCCCAAGACCACAGAGCCCUGAGGAUAUCGAUCGCUCGCCUACUUUGUCGGAUAUCAACCUCCAGGUCACCAAAGGGUCCCUGACUGCGGUUGUUGGACGUGUUGGGCAGGGCAAGACGAGCUUAUUGAGCGCGAUGAUUGGAGACAUGUACAAGCGCCAGGGAUCGGUCCGUAUCCGUGGGCAGGUUACUUAUGCUGCUCAGCAAGCUUGGAUCCUAAACGCGACUCUCAAGGACAACAUUACGUUCGGACAGGAGUUUGAUCAGAAAAAGUACGACCAUGUCAUCUAUGUCUCUGGAUUAUUGCCUGAUAUCGCGAUGCUCCCUGCCGGCGAUCAGACCGAGAUUGGUGAACGUGGAAUCAACCUGUCGGGAGGCCAGAAGCAGCGUGUCUCUCUUGCCCGUGCCGCUUACCAGGAUGCAGAUGUUUACCUCUUCGACGACCCCCUCUCCGCUGUCGAUGCCCAUGUCGACCAACAUCUCUGGGAAAACUUGAUCGGACCCAAUGGAUUGUUGAAGGACAAAACCCGUGUCCUGGUCACUCAUGGAAUCCACCACCUCGAGAAUGUCGACCAGAUUGUGGUCGUCAAGGACAAACGUAUCAGCGAGAACGGACGGUACGAGGAGCUCAUGGAGACCAAGGGUGCCUUCUUCCAAUUGAUCAACGAGUACUCAAUCAACUCUCGUCGUGAAAAGAAGAAUCAUAAGGCGGGCAAGGCUGAGUCAUCAGAUGCGAUUACUGAGGUGGAGAAGACGGAUGGCACUCAGUCGGUGGAUGGCGAGUCAGCAACAACACAGGCUGGACAAGAAGAAGAGCAAGAGGAAGAGAACGAAAAAGAGAUUAUUGCAAAAGCUAUCACGACUAAGGCAGAGGAAAAGUUGGUAGCCAAGGAGAAGAUGAUGGAGGGCAAUGUUUCCUGGAACGUCUAUAAGUGCUAUCUCCGCGCUGCCUCGUACCGCAAUGCGGCAUUCGCAUUUUUCCUACUCGUAGCCGCGCAAGGCUGUCAAAUCGGAACAAACAUCUGGCUCAAACAUUGGACAACCAUUGGAUCGGACAGUCAGGAGAACUCGCCCGCAAAAUUUCUGGGCGUCUACGCAGCCCUUGUCUUCACUUUCAUGAUGCUCCACAUGGUCGUCACCUUCGUCGUCAUGGUCAUGGCAGGCAUUCGCGCAUCCAGGUUCUUGCACGAAGAACUCCUCAAUAGCAUCCUCCGUCUCCCUAUGGCCUUCUUUGAUACCACGCCGCUCGGUCGUAUUGUCAACCGCUUCUCGACAGAUAUUUAUUCUACAGAUGACACGUUGCCAUUUGCGUUUAUGGCGGUCCUAAUGGGUUUACUCAGCGUCCUCGGCAGUUUGAUCGUCAUUGGUUCCGGAACCCCAAUUUUCUUAUCCCUCGUCCCACCCUUGGCAGCAAUCUUCUCAAUGGUCCAAGUCUACUACAUCGCCUCCUCCCGGUCCCUAAAACGUAUCGACUCCGUCUCCCGCUCACCAAUCUACCAACACUUCAGCGAGACCCUCACCGGCGUCUCGACCAUCCGUGCCAUGAACGUCGCUCCUCGGUUCAUUCGCGACAAUGCAGAAAAGACAAACGUCUCGGCCAACGCCUGGUUCACGUUCAUCAUGUCCAAUCGGUGGCUUCAAAUCCGGUUGGAGGCCUUAGGGGCUACGAUUGUGUUGGGUGCGGGAUUAUUUGCGGUGUUGAGUCGCAACUCGUUGAAUACUAGUACUGUUGGUCUUUCGAUUACUUAUGCGCUGAGCAUUACGGAGGAGCUCACUUGGGCCAUUCGCAGUUACUCUGACCUCGCGAACCAAUUGGUGUCAGUAGAACGCAUUGACGAAUACGUCCAUAAGAACCCAGAAGCCCCAUCCUCCCUCCCCGCCGACGCUAGCCUGCCUGAUAACUGGCCCCAAACCGGCCACAUCGAGUUCAGGAACUAUUCUACACGUUACCGUCAAGGGCUAGAGCUGGUCGUCAAAGAUAUCUCAUUCGACGUCCAGCCUGCGGAGAAGGUCGGCAUUGUCGGUCGGACCGGUGCUGGCAAGUCAUCGUUGACGUUAGCGUUGUUUCGCAUUAUUGAGGCAGCAAACAGUCAUUGGGCGCAGGCUAGUAAUAACGGCGAGGAGGAUACUUCCUCUGCACCUGGAGCUGAUGAAAAGUUAACUGCGACGACUGAAAAGACCAAGACGGCGCAGGAUCAAUUCACCGCGGACGAAAGGAACAUUGCCGAGUUGGAGCGCAUCGACGUCGAACAAGUCGGUGGAUCGAUCUGGAUCGAUGGCGUCGACAUCUCGACCGUCGGAUUAAGCCGUCUCCGCAAGAACCUCGCCAUCAUCCCCCAGGACCCCACCCUCUUCGCAGGCACCGUCCGCGAGAACCUUGACCCCUUUAACGAACUCGAAGAUGCCGAUCUUUGGGAAGCUCUCGAACGCGCCCACCUAAAGGACCAGAUCUCGGCCCUCCACGGCGGGUUAUCCUUCAAGGUCUCACAGAACGGUGACAACUUCUCGGUUGGCCAACGAUCCCUAAUUUGUCUCGCCCGCGCUCUCCUCCGCAAGACCAAGGUUCUCAUUCUUGACGAAGCCACGGCCGCUGUGGAUGUCGAGACCGACGAAUUGAUCCAAAAGACGAUCCGCAAGGAGUUCAAGGACCGUACGAUUCUCACCAUCGCUCAUCGUAUCAAGACGGUGAUGGAUUCCGACAAGAUCCUGGUUUUGGAGAAGGGACAGGUGGAGGAGUUUGAGGCGCCUCAAGUGUUGCUCCAGAGACCUGAGUCGCACUUCUAUAAACUUGCUGAGCAAGCUGGCGAAGUGAAGGAUGCCUGCUCCUAG